CUGACACUAAACGCUGAAGAAAGAGAGGGUGUGAGGAAAACUCUGAAUGGAAAGAAGAGGGGAAAGGAUAUGUUGAUACGUCUUGGGAGUGAUGCACUGGCUUCCCCUGGUUGCCAUGGUGAUUGCCUCGGCCCUCCCCUUCCCUCACAGCCCAGUCCCCAGGCUUGUAACCGCGACGACAGAGCCCAUCAGCAGAAACCUUGAUAACCACAGAAACAGCAACAGCAGCAACCACCACAACAGUAGCAACAGCAACUCAUAUAGCCAGUUGCAUACACGUAACAGUUCAAAAGCUGACAGUGUGGUGCCAGAUAAGGCUGCUGCUGACUACAGUAAUAAUCCCUAUGAUUCUUCUCAAGAGGACUACAAUGUGCCUGGUAUUAAUAAUGACACACUUCAAAACAACACAUUAAAGGAUUUCACUUUGAGGGCUAACCACAACCAAAUGGACUACAAUUCACCCUCUGUUUUUGAUGUGAAGCAUACCUCAACUGAAAAUACCAAUGGCGCAGCAGGCCACUUGGCAACAACUACCCUUGAGGAUUACAAAUCACAGGAUGACAAAAGCCAGGAGAACCACAUUUCUCUGAAUAACCACAUACAAGAGGACUAUAAAUCUCAGGCAGGCGUAUCUGCUGAGAACUACAACUUGGCAGAUGCCACUGAGAUGGUAAACCAUUAUCCCUUGAGCGUGAGAAGUGAAAGAAACUACAAAAUGGCAGACAUUUCUGUUGUGCAGAAUUACGAUCCCAGCAAUGGUGACAGAGUAAAAAAAGAAAUAUCCCUUGAUACUGCCACUCAAGUGGAACACUAUAAUUACCCUGAGAGGCAGCCGGAUGUGCAGCGUGCUGGGAAAAGGGGGGCUAGACAAAGCCAGGGAGAGGGAGGGCCAGGGGUGGAGAUGGAAGGAGGAAAGUUGCUGGAAGAGGCGGACUUUUUGUUUUUUGACACGCACCCAAGGGUGCUGUUCACCCCCUCUUCCUCACCUCCAAGUCAUCCCCCACUUUUGCUGAUGCUGGAAGCUGGGCUGCUGGCAGAGGGAGAGGGAGGCAGAGAGGAGGAGGAGGGAGGAGACGAAGCAGACGGACAGACUGACACGGAGGGGUCCUCGCAUGCCAGAGCAAGGCCCAGGCGCUCCGCUGAGCCCCACGACAGGCGAGGGGAGAGGUCGGUGUGUGAGGCGGCCAGCGAGUGGGUGACGGACAAAAAGACCGCCAUCGACUCGCACGGGAGGACCGUGACGGUGCUGCCGGAGAUCCAGACCCUGACGGGCCGGCUGAAGCAGUACUUCUACGAGACGCGCUGCAGGAAGCCCGAGCCCCGGUCGGCGGGGGCGGCGGGGGUCUCCGGGGCCGGCUGCCUCGGCGUGGACAAGCGGCAGUGGCUCAGCGAGUGCAAGGCCAAGCAGUCCUACGUCAGGGCCCUGACCUCCGACGCCAACAAGAGGGUGGGCUGGAGGUGGAUCAGGAUCGACUCGUCCUGCGUGUGUGUGCUGCUCUCCAGGGUCCCCCGCAAUUAG